AUUUAGUUUCAUUUUUGUUUUCGCAAAUCCGUAAAAGGUAACUAGGAACUUGACCGAGCAGCACUUCUUGCGGCAUAUAAGAAGCGACCCAGGGCAACUUUCUCCUUUAGUUGAUCCAUGAGCCUGAUGUAGCCCGGUAGGUCUUCGGGAAAACGGGUCGGACUUUAAACGGAAUAAAGUUAAAUUUAGUAAAAUUAAAGUGAAUUCUUUCUAAAGUGAAACAGUGUUAAAGUUUUGUGUGUCAGUGAAUUGACGGUGCCAAGUGUCAGUGUCAAUCAAGAAAAUGUGGCAAUUAAAGUGCGUUAUGUGGGCCGUUAUGGUGCUCUAUUUAAGCACAGCAAGUGCGCAAUCCGGCUACUCCUACCAACCGCCGUACAAUCAAAUUGCUUUACCCGAAGCAAAUGACAACAACGCCGGCUACUAUUAUCCACCUCCCGUCGUACAAGUGCCGCAGCAAAAUUUCAGCGGUUACUAUUAUCCACGUCCACCAUCGCGCAUACCCGUAUUGCCGGUGGAAAAUCAAGAUGACAGCACUGAGCCUAGUGGUACACCGCCACCCGGUGUAAUGGGCGACUUCAUCGAUGACAUUAUCAAUGAGCAGAAAGAGCAGAUACUCUCCUCGGUGUUGGGCAAUAGUGAUUUGGAGGGUGAUGAAUUCAGCGAUGAUGACACGAAAGCCUUGCGUUUCAAUAAAUGUGCUGAAUGCUCUUGCGGCGUCCCUAAUGUCAAUCGCAUCGUGGGCGGCAGUGUUGUGCGCAUCAAUAAAUACCCCUGGACCGCACAACUACUCAUGAAUGGUUUUCUCUUCUGCGGUGGCGCAUUGAUAAAUGAUCGCUACAUAGCGACUGCUGCUCAUUGUGUCAUGGGACAAAGGGCCAGUUCGAUCUCCGUGCGUCUAUUGCAACUUAAUCGUGCCUCGAAGAGUACGGGCUUCUCAAGAAAUGCCGUCGAAUUGAUUAUGCAUCAAAAAUACAAUACGAAUACUUUGGUUAACGAUAUAGCAUUGAUUAAGCUCAAUAAGCCCAUUCCGUUGAAGGACCCCAUUCGUCCUGUGUGUUUGCCAACUUUGAGGAGGCAAAAUUAUGACUUCAAGGAGGGUAUCGUUGCUGGUUGGGGUCUAACCACUCAGGAUGGCAGUGUCUCGAGCGUUUUGCGUGAGGUCACCGUACCGAUCAUCACGAAUGCACAAUGUCGUGCCACUUCGUAUAAAUCGAUGAUUGUGAGCACGAUGUUGUGUGCUGGUUUAGUCGAAAAAGGUGGCAAGGAUGCUUGUCAGGGUGACAGCGGUGGUCCACUGAUCGUGCGUGAUCGUAUCUUCCAAUUGGCUGGUGUUGUUUCUUUCGGUUAUGGCUGCGCUCGUCCAAAUUCUCCAGGUGUCUAUACUCGUGUCAGUCGCUACUUGGAUUGGAUUUCUGCAAAUACGAAGGAUGCCUGUUAUUGUUCCAAAUAAGCGGGCCUAGAGCUUUUACUUUAUAUAAUUCUAUUAAAUUAUUUAACUAUUUUGCUAUAAUAUUUAU